AGUGGGAGAGAGUUAGGUCUUCAAUGCACAGAGUAGACACUUCAAGCAUUGUCUCCCGGAUGCCUCAGCUUCGCUUUGGGGUCAGAAGAACAUUUUCAGUCCCAAGCCCAAAAUCUCUAAUGCAUAUAGACACCAAUCACAAACUAGUUCGGUAAGUAUAGUCAAGAUGAAUUAUUUAGGACCUUUUAAAAAUUAUGUUCAGCCAUAGACUUCAUAAUGAUAUCGACGGGUCAGAUUCGACCUUCAGUGUGCCACGCCUUCAAGUAGGGGGCCAUCCUGCAAUCCGCUUCAGUUAUUUGCAGUCAGUCGGAGUGACACAUGCAGCGAUUCAACGCUGGAUUUAGGAUAAAAGUACGAAAGCUGUACCGCAUACAAACAGGAAGGAUUGUCUCAGGAGUGAUUUGUUUGAGGAUUCAAGGUAAUUAUUAUAUUUUUCGUUUUUUCAAAAGAAUUUUCAACAAAAAAGCGCUCUGUUUUAAGGCUGCCACCAUAUUGUCUAACAGACUAACAUCAUUCUUCGACAUAUUUACGUAAAAUAAAUGCUAACUGCCCAUUUUUUUGCUCUUUUAAAAAAGAAUCAAGACUGUUUUACAUUCAUAUCUAUAAAGAAUUUGGGGAUUUAAGCAUUUAUUAUUCACAAGAAUUUUCAACAGAAAAAGCUCGUUGUUGUGCUAAGGGGACUGCCACAUAGCCUUACUGACAAGCCUCAUAGUUCGAAAUAUUUACGUAAAAUAAAUGCUCCCUGCAUGUUUUUGUUUUUUGUUGUUUUGCUGUUAACCAAGAUUCUAGACUCGUUUACGUCCAUAUCUAUAAAGAAUUCAGGGAUUUAAGCAUUUAUUCAAAAGAAUUUUGAACAUAAAAAAAUUUUUGUUGUGCUAAGGGGGCCGCCACAUUGGCUUACUGACUGGCCUCACAGUUGACAAUAUUUAUGUAAAAUAAAUGCUACCUUCACGUUUUUUUUUUUUUUUUUUGCUUUUAACCAAGAAUGGACUGUUGUACAUCCAUAUCUAUAAAGAAUUCAGGGAUUUAAGCAUUUAUUCACAAGACUUUUCAACGGAAAAAGCUCCUAGUCUGUGAUAUGGCAGCUGCUAAUUUCCUUUCUGACUAACCUCAUAGUUGGCAAUAUUUAUGUAAAAUAAAUGCUACCUGCAUGUUUUUUUGCUUUUAACCAAGAAUCAAGACUGUUUUACGUCCAUAUCUAUAAAGAAUUCAGGGAUUUAAGCAUUUAUUCACAAGUAUUUUUAAUGGAAAAAGCUCUUUGUUUACAUAUGGCGGCCGUUAAUUUCCUUACUGACUAGCCUCAUAGUUCGCAAUAUUUAUGUAAAAUAAAUGCUACCUGCACGAUUUUUUUUUUUUUUUUUUUGCUUUUAACUAAGAAUCGAGACUGUUUUACGUCCAUAUCUAUAAAGAAUUCAGGGAUUGAAGCAUUUAUUCACAAGAAUUUUCAACAGAAAAAGCCCUUUUGUUUACAUAUGGCGGCCGCUAGUUUCCUCAAAGCAGUAAUGUGAAGUAACUUCAUAACAUGCCAAAUAGGGUCACAAUUAAAGUAAUUAAACAUUGUCCAACAAAUAAAGCAUGAAAAAAUCAUUUAUAUGUUGUAUAUUUGACAAAAUAACUGCGUUUCCGAAGUUCGGGCUGAAAGGGGACGAACCCGGAAGUGAUACUUCACAGCGGGAACAGCGAUGGCAGCUCCAUACAUACGGCCGCCAUACAAAGCCCUUCAAACAAUGAUUCAAACAGCGAUAUAAGCGAUAGAUCGAGAGCAAGGGAGGAGAUCCAAGUUUUUGAAGAGUUGGAGGAAGAAGAGGAGUUUGGAAUUUUAUGUUGGACCUAACAUGUAUUAGCCAGACGCUAAUCAGGAUGCAAACAAUGUGCCUAGACAACCUGACAUGGAAUGGAUACAAGACCCAUCGAGAUUACAAGAUUGGUACAACAUUGUCAUUUUCGGAGGCAUCGAUGGCUAUUCCAGAAAGAUCAUGUAUUUGAGGGCCUCGAACAACAACCUGGCAUCGACAACCAUGGCUUUCUUCCGUGAGGCAGUUGAGAUGUUUGGCAUACCACUGAGAGUCCAGGGUGAUCACUGCGUAGAGAAUGUCGAUGUGGCACGAUUUAUGUUUUCUGUCAGGGGAACAGGGAGGAGCAGCUUUAUCGCCGGUAAAAGCUCACAUAACCAAAGAAUGGAACGCUUGUGGCGAGAUGUCUUCAGUACAGUCACAAGCCGAUUCCACGACACAUUACAUCAGCUUGAGGAGGAGGGGCAUCUGGAUCUCUCCAGCAACCUUCACAUCUUUUCCUGCCAUUACGCCUUCAUUCCCCUUAUUCAACGCCAGCUAGAUAUUUUCCGAGAUGGCUGGGAUGACCACCCACUACGAACAGAGGGAAACCUCUCUCCAAAUCAGUUGUGGCAACUAAAUCCCUCCCAGGAAUGUGAUGAGGAUGUGCAGAUCCCACUGAUUGACUGGGACAACAGUGGCCUCAUACCAAGUGAGCCAAACUCUGGAAUUGCGGUACCACAGAUUGAAUGCCCGUUUACAGCCGCAGAACUUGCUGGAUUGACUGCUGCUGUGGACCCACAAACAUCCAGUAAUCUUGGUGUCGACAAUUUUUUUUUGACACUGGACCAUAUGCACAACAUCGGAUACGUGUAAUUUCAUUAAAUGCCUUGAGAACGUUUUUUUGACACUGGACUAUAUGCACAACAUUGGAUAUGUGUAAUUUCAUUAAAUGCCUUGAGAAAGUUGAGAAAAAAACAUAUUCAAACAUUUGUUUUAUUUCUUCCAACAUGUUUCAUUAGCAAUUGCUAGAAUAUUUGUACGGUGGAGUACCAAAGCUGCUAAAAAUAAAAACGGCUGUUUUUACUUAAAUGAUUCAAAGUAAAAAUACAGAAAAUAUUUUAAAUUUUGGCGGAUUUAGUCCCUCAUAUUGUACAAGGUACACUACAUAUUAAAUGUAAAAAUUCUCAAACAUUGGGUUUGAUGAACAAAUGAAAAAAAGAUGGGAGAAACUUAAGAGAAAUGGCGCUCAGUUUAACGAGCUCGCUUAACAGGCAUUUACCUUACAAGACAAAGUGACCCGAUGAAAGCAGUCACACAGAAAGGAAAGACAUUGUACUUUUCUUAGUUUAAACUUGUUCAAAGAAUGAUCAAGGACAAUAUAACUAAAAAGUGUGGAGAAAAGGAUAAACCACGACAGUGUCCUGCUUUUGGGAAAACUUGUAAAAAGCAUAAUCACUAUGCUCAAAUGUGUUUUACCAAAAACAAUAUGCACACAGUGCAAGAAGAUACUGAUGAUAGCGAUGACUUGAGUGACACAUUUUUCAUAAAAAUGGUGUCUUGUGAAGAGGACAAGCCAGCCCAAAGCCUUAUGAAGCUUCAUAAGACAAAGACAGACACAGGAAAACAUUAGGAAGACAUUACAUGUGAUAAAACGGGUAAUACAGGGUCAUAUAAAGAGGGUUGCGACACUCUUUGAUGUCGCCGCAGGUGGUCACGUGGUUCCUGUAGGGGAGUGUAGGUAGUUCCAAGGAUAAGCAGCGCUGUAGUGGUUUUCAAGAGAACUGACUGCGGUAUUUGCGACAUUUCUGGGAAAAUGGUUAAAAUUGCGUAUCUAAGUACUAGUUUGAUUAUGUCAUUGCAUUAUAACAUUUACUGUAAAUGCUAGUUUUACAUUUGGAGUGGUAAGGCGACAACUGAAAACUAUGUAAACUUACGCAGAAGUGAACUUUCCCAUGUGGAGGGAAAGUUUCAUGUUUGUGUUAGCAUUAGCACAGGAUAUUGACUUUUACAUUGAAAUGCAAGAUGAUUUAGGCGUUUCUUUUUUCACAACAAGAAUACCGUUUUUCCAGAGAAUGUCUAGAUUUCCUUGAUUCACCUACCUGUGGUAAUACAGUGCCCUCCAUAAUUAUUGGUACCCCUGAAAAAGAUGUGUUUUUUAGCUUCUAAGAUUUUUUUUUUUUAAUUCAAAUAAUAUGGGACCUUAAUGGAAAAAAAGAAAAAUCCAAUCUUCAAUACAAGUGCAUUCAUUCAGUGGGGGAAAAAAUCCCACAUAAAGAAAAAAUUAUUUGACAUCAAAUAAUUGUGUGUCACAAUUAUUAGCAGCCCUGGUGUCAAUACUUUGUACAACCCCCUUUUGCCAACAAAACAAGGUCUGGGGACUGAGAUGGCCAUGGGAGGAGCUUGAUUUUGUGUCUGGUGAACCAUUUCUGUGUAGAUUUGGCCAUAUGUUUAGGGUCAUUGCUUUGCUGAAAGACCCAGUGACGACCCAUCUUCGGCUUCCGGGCAGAGGGCAACAGAUUUUGAUUUAAAAUGUCCUGGUAUUUCAAAGCAUUCAUGAUGCCAUGCACCCUAACAAGGUUCCCAGGGCCUUUGGAAGCGAAACAGCCCCACAGCAUCACUGACCCACCCCCAUACUUCACAGUGGGUAUGAGGUGCUUUUCAGCAUGUGCAUCUUUCGUGGCAUGCCAGACCCACUUAGAGUGUUUGUUGCCCAAAAGCUCAAUCUUGGUCUCAUCUGACCAAAGCACACGGUCCCAGUUGAAGCCUGGGACCAUGUGUAUUUUUGUGUGAGAUGUGUGUAUGUGUGUGUGUUUGAACAUGAAUAGAAAACAUUGUGGUGGUCGGUACAUGUUACUUUUAUAGAGCAAGUGCAGGUAAAUAAAUAUUGAAUCACUCGAUUCUGAGGAAAAAUAUAUUGAAUCAUGAGAAACAAAUACCAAUGAAAACACAUCUCUAGUAUUUAGAUGCACCACCUCUGGCUUUUAUAACAGCAUGCAGUCUCUGAGGCAUCGUGGACUUGAUGAGUAUUCUUCAUCAAUUUGGUCCCAACUUUCUUUGAUUGCAGUUGCCAGAUCAUUCUUGCAGCCAUUUUUUCCCAUUUCCACCACAGGUUUUCAAUAGGGUUGAGAUCUAGGUUAUUUGCAGGCCAUGACAUUGACUGGAUGAGUUUCUCUCCAAGGAAUGCUUUAAAAGUUUUAGCUCUCUGGCAUGAUGCAUUGUCAUCUUUGAAAAUGAUUUCAUUAUCCCUAAACAUAUUUUCAGAUUCAGAAUAUUUAUUGUCAUUGUUACAAAAAAAGCACAACGAAACUUUGUUUGGAGCAUCCAUCCAGCUCAUACAGCUAAGUUGGUAAAGUGCAAAGUGCAAACCCAUAAAAUAAAUACCCAUCAGUACCAAGUGUAAACAUUGACACAGUUUUGGACAUAGGUACAGCAAAGAUUCAACAGCAGCAUGAGGUCGUGUCAGUGCUAAAGUGCAGAGCAAAAAUAUACCAGUUGAAAACAGGCAAAAAUCAGUGCAAUACCCAGAUAAGUUAAUCAAGUAUAAUCAAGUACAGCCUACUGGUUGUCAACCAAUGGGUAAGUGUCAGGGAGGAGGAAAUAGUGGAUAGUGACAUACUGCAACAAUGCAAACCAGCUCAGAGUUAUUGUUGUUGGUGGAUGUGGAUUAUUGUCCGUAAGAGGGGGGCAGAGAGGGGAGAGGGGCAGAGUUCAGUAGCCUCACAGCCUGUGGGUACAGACUGUUGGACAGUCGUGAUGUUCUGGCCUGUAUGGACCUGUACCUUCUCCCUGAGGGCAGCAGGCGGAAAAGACUGUGAGCAGGAUGGUGCUGGUCUCGCAGGAUGUUGUGCACUCUUCUCAAACAGCGAGUGGAGUAGAUGGUGCUGAUCUCAGGGAGAGUCAUUCCUAUGAUUCUCCCGGCAGCUUUCACCACGCGCUGGAGCGCCUGCUGGUCUGCCUUAGUGCAGCUGGAAAACCACACUAAAAAUCCGUAUGUCAGAACACUGCUGAUGGCACAGUUGUAAAAAUUCACCAUCAGUGGUCUGGGGAUGUUAGUGCUCUUCAGCUUCCUCAGGUAAUAGAGGCGUUGUUGUGCCUUGCCCACCGCUGUGGAGAUGUGGUCCCCCCAGGACAGGUCCUCAGUCACUGUUACCCCCAGGAAUUUGAAGCUUCUCACCUUCUCCACCACAUCGUUGCCGAUAGUAAGAGGCUGAUGGAUGAUGUGACUCCCCUUACGGAAAUCCACCACGAUCUCUUUGGUUUUCUUUGUGUUUAUAGCCAAGUUGUUUUUGUGACACCAUGACUCCAGAUGUUGCACCUCUCUUCUGUAGUCCGUUUCAUCGUCGUUGGAGAUGAGUCCGAGCACUGUGGUGUCGUCGGCAAACUUGACGAUGAGGUUGGAUGCAGAGGAGGCGGAGCAGUCUUGAGUGUACAGGGUGUAAAGCAGAGGGCUCAGAACACACCCUUGAGGGGCCUCGGUGUUGAUGGAGAGAGUGGAGGAGGUGUUUUUGCCCACUGUGACACACAAAAAGUCCACAGUCCAAUUGCACAGGGCGGUGUUGAGGCCCAGUUGGUGAAGUUUGGACCGGAGUUUGAACGGCCGGAUGGUGUUAAAAGCAGAACUGUAGUCCACAAAGAGGAGCCGUGCAUAGGUGUUUUUAUGCUCCAGGUGCACUAGAAGUGUGUGCAGCACUGUGGCGAUGGCGUCCUCAGUUGAACGGUUCCCUCUAUAUGCAAAUUGGUGUGGGUCAAGUGAAGGCGGUAUUGCAGCUUUAAUGUGCUUGAUGACCAGUCUCUCCAGGCAUUUGGCGGGGAUGGGGGUGAGAGCCACAGGUCUGUAGUCAUUGAGACAUGUGACGUUGGACUGUUUUGGGAGAGGGACGAUUGUGGCUGCUUUAAAGCAGGCUGGGACCAGAGAGCAGGACA